AUGGACCAGGCCACUGUGAGUCUGUGGAGGGACCGGGCCACUGUGAGUCUGUGGAGGGACCAGGCCACUGUGAGUCUGUGGAGGGACCAGGCCACUGUGAGUCUGUGGAGGGACCAGGCCACUGUGAGUCUGUGGAGGGACCAGGCCACUGUGAGUCUGUGGAGGGACCAGGCCACUGUGAGUCUGUGGAGGGAACUGCGACAGAACAUGGUCCACAAAGGACCUUUCUACACGGCCAUCAUGGAGUCCAUCCUCACCUCCUCCAUCACCGUGUGGUUCGCUGGAGCCACAGUCAGGGACAAACAGAGACUACAGCGCAUUGUGCGCUCUGCAGAGGAAGUGAUCGGCCGCAGCCUUCCAUCGCUGCAGGACCUCCCUGAACCAGAGCCCUCCAAGAAUGUGCAGAAUGUACAAGACUAA